AUGAAUUUAGAGGAGGCCGGUGCUCAACGGAAGUUGGAUUUGCAAGAAUUGGAGGAGAUCCGGAACGAAGCAUACGAAAACGCCUUGAUUUAUAAAGAGAAAAGCCGGGCAUUUCAUGACCAACAAAUUUCAAGAAAAACAUUUGAAGUUGGUCAGAAGGUCCUCCUGUACCAAUCCAGGCUCAAGUUAUUCCCAGUUGAGAUCCGAAGUACUAAGACAGACAACAAAUUUGUGGUGAAUGGACACCGUCUCAAAUAUUAUUACGAAAGAUUUUCAGGAAGAGAGGUGGAGACAAUAAGGCUUGACGCACCACCGUGUCCUAAUCAGUGA